CUGUAAGAGCAGGUCUCGGUGUCUGAGCGGCUAGCUGGUUAGCUAACGGUGUGCUAAUUGACCAAGAUGAACGCCAGUCUGAACGACUUCCAUGGCCACUCGUUCAUUGACGAAGACUGCUUCCUCUUCACCUCUGAAUCGGUCGGAGAGGGACACCCCGACAAGAUUUGUGACCAAAUCAGCGAUGCUGUGUUGGAUGCACACCUCAGACAAGACCCUGAUGCCAAAGUCGCAUGUGAGACUGUUGCUAAGACGGGGAUGAUCCUGCUGGCCGGGGAGAUCACCUCCAGGGCCAACGUUGACUACCAGGAGAUUGUCAGAGAGGCAAUCAAGCACAUCGGCUAUGAUGACUCCUCCAAAGGCUUCGACUAUAAGACCUGCAAUGUGCUGGUGGCUUUGGAGCAGCAGUCCCCUGACAUUGCUCAGGGUGUUCACCUGGAUCGAAAAGAAGAGGACGUGGGCGCCGGUGACCAGGGUCUGAUGUUUGGAUAUGCCACUGAUGAGACUGAGGAGUGUAUGCCCCUCACUAUCGUCUUGGCCCACAAGCUCAAUGCCAAGAUGGCUGAAUUACGCCGAAAUGGAACGCUACCGUGGCUCCGACCUGACUCCAAAACUCAGGUGACCAUUCAGUACAGGCAGGAUCGAGGCGCCAUGGUGCCUUUGCGUGUCCACACUGUUGUGGUGUCUGUGCAGCACGAUGAGGGCAUAAGCUUGGACGAGAUGCGUCAUUGUCUGAAGGAGCAGGUGGUGAAAGCCGUGGUUCCCACUGGGUACCUCGAUGAUGACACCAUAUACCAUCUGCAGCCCAGUGGCCGCUUUGUCAUUGGAGGACCGCAGGGUGAUGCUGGUCUGACUGGGCGUAAGAUCAUCGUCGAUACUUACGGGGGUUGGGGGGCUCAUGGAGGUGGAGCAUUUUCUGGGAAGGACUACACAAAGGUAGACCGCUCUGCUGCUUAUGCCGCCCGCUGGGUGGCCAAAUCUCUGGUAAAAGCUGGGCUCUGCAAGCGUGUGUUGGUCCAGGUAUCCUAUGCUAUUGGAGUUGCCCAUCCCCUCUCUGUCUCCAUCUUCCACUAUGGGACCUCCCAGAGGAGCGAGAAGGAGCUGCUUGACAUUGUGAAGAAAAACUUUGACCUCCGUCCAGGAGUUAUCGUGAGGGAGCUUGACCUUAAGAAGCCCAUCUACCAGUGCACGGCAGCUUAUGGCCACUUUGGUCGAGACGUCUUUUCUUGGGAGGUGCCCAAGAAGCUGAAAUACUGAACCCCUCCUCUAAUCUCCCAGCGGGCCUUAGGUGUAUUACAGAUAAACCUGUGUGUUUGUCUGCCUCCUUCCUUCCUGCUUCUCUUUCUCCUCCUCCUUCCCCUUCCUCCUCACACAAACAGCCACACAUCACCACAGCCUCUACUACGUUUAAAGAUGCCCUGUUCCCACCUGUUGGUGUUGUACAGUGCGGCCAGCUUUUAUUCAUCUUUGUUCUGGCGGUUCACCUCCUUUUUUUGCACAAUUAACGGUCAUCUACUUUCCCGACACUGAUAGGUAUUAUUGACACUUUAUAUUAAACUAUAUUUAUGAUAGAUUUCCAACAGGACCAUGUGCAUAUUUACCAGUAAUGAAAUUAUUUCUGGUAUCCCUCAGCUUUUAUAUUCAAAAUCUCACUGCAGUUUAGUUUUAUGAGUAAUCAGUGAUUGGCAUCCUCUGUUGCUUUCUCUUUACUGGCAACAUAUAAUUUCCAAUUUCACCUCACUUUGUUGGGUUAAUAGCCAUUUAGUGUUGCAUCAAGUCUGUUGCCAUGACAGCGCACGCACACUGUUUUUGAAAUUUGAUGGCACAAAUGGGGUCAAACACUUGUCGAGUGGUAUAAAUCCUGCUAAUUUUCUUAUAUGUGCGGUCUCUUCAGGCCAUGUUUUUCUGACGUUUUACAGAGAAGUCAGAAGCUGCUAAUAACCUUGUGGUUAUGUUGGGCUGCACCAUGAAAUCAUCCCAUUUUUUGUAAUUUACUAUGUUGGUUUAAAUGUCAUUUGAAUGUUUCAGGUGAUGUUAAAUGUAUCAAUGUUUUACUGACCAAGAUAAAGGCGUGCUACAGUACUCAACUUUCCUUAGACUGACUCUGGGUGUAGCUACAGAGAAACCCAGGCUCAGUUGCCUCUGGACAGGGGCUGCCUUUAUCCCGUGGCAACACUGUACUUGAAAUGAGUUUUAUAUAAUGGCGUUUGACUACUGUGGGACCCAACAGUUUGACCAGCAAGGAAGGACAACUGAGAAAUGUGUGCCUCAAGUUACUGUAUCUAAAACUUUUCCACUCAGCUGCACACGUUUAGGGCCCUGGCACCCAACUGACUGGUAAGGAAGAACAUGAACAGUAGAGCCACAGACAGACCAAGAAAAAAAAGAUAAGAGGCAGCGCACAGUCAGCAUAAUGAAUGUAAGACAUUACUGCUCUCAUCUUCUCAGCAGAAUUAGGUCUGUAGAAAUGAGAACAUGGGAUUAGAUGUGUAACUGUAUGCUUGUGAUGAAUUUGAAUCUUCCACUAGAAUUGCACAGCACAUUAGUUCUUUUAAGUUACCCAAAAUGGAAAAGGCUUCUGUUUUCAAUGUUAUAUGAUGUGGUUUAAUGUUGCGCUUGCAGCGGAAGCUUUUCUUUUAAUUUAUUUAUUUGUUUUUAAAAAUGUAUUCACUCUUUACACCAUAUCCCAUGGGUCAUGGAUAGUAUGAGUCAAAAUUUCCCUUCCUUUUCCUAUCCUCCUUUUACUGCGCAGGAUAUACAAAUAAGGUGAGGAAAGAAAUGUGCCAGAGACCCUGGCGAGAUUUGAACUGAAGACGUUGUGAAUACACAGUUUAUGCCUUUGACUGUUUUUCCCAGUUGCCCUGUUCCUCGAUGUGUAUCCACACAAUAUAGUCGCAGAGUUGAGGCUAAGCCAGCUGUAAGCCUGAAUGAGAUUAGUAUUCACUUUUAAAAUCACCACAGUUGGUCCCUGGUCUGAGCUGUGUGCAUAGUUAUUGUUUAAGAUUUCUCCAUCAUGUAGCUAGGUGGCGCUGUGUCCCCAUACAUAAAAUUGAAAUUAGGAUUUUUUAAAUUUAUUUAUUUUGUUUUUUCUACCCGGUAAAACCGGCAUCUCGUCUUUAGUUUGGCUCCUCUGGCAUCACCUUGUGGAUCCUUGAGUUUUACUACAGAGAAACCUCAGAUGGGAGCCACAGAGUGGUGCUUUAAGUGCAUUUUGUAUUGAUCUAUCUGUGUGAUCAUCUGGUAAAACCUCAUCCAGUGAACUUUUCCAAAAAAAAAAAACCAACAAUAUAUUUGCAUCCUCCAGAUCAUCCACAGACAAGGCAAAUGCUUGGCUGGUGUUGUACAGAGAAACCAGCCUGUUUACAUGGUCGUCUGGGGUUGGCGAGUUUGAGGAGCAAUUUUUUUUCUUAAGUAAUUUUUUAAAUUUGAAGUGAGUCUGUCAGUUUAGUCAAUGAAUGUGUAAAAGUGCCUUUUCUAAUUUUCUGCAAUCCCCCUCUCCCCUGCCCCCAAAUAUCUGACUCCUCACCUAUUGACCCCCGCCCUCCCAUCAGUUUCUAACCUGAGGCUGCAAAAUUUCCCUCUAAAGUAAUUCAUACUGAGGAGUCCGAUUUGUUGCUGAGUUUCUCUUUUAAACCCUUCAAAUAAACUGCAAGCUU